AUGGUUCACUCUGCUACCUCUGGGACGCGCUCAAGCCUCAAGGACGACCUUUUCAUCGUGCUCGUCGGCUUCGCCAUCGAGGAGCACAGCUGGUACGACAGCGUUGGCAUCUUCCUCGUGGUGUUCCUCGUCGCUGCCGUGUCCGCCGUCAGCAACCAUGGCCAGGCCAAGCGCUUCGACGAGCUAGCCAGCGAGUCCGACAAUAUCGCCGUCACCGUCGUCCGCGCCGCCCGGAGGCAGGAGGUCUCCAGAUUCAAUAUCUUGGUCGGCGACGUGGUGAUACUCAAGCAAUCCAUACUCAAGAUCGGCCACUCGGUGCCGAUGGACUGGGUGUUCCUGGAGGGUCAUGGCCGCCUGCAGGUGGACGAGUCGAGCAUGACAGGCGAGUCCCACCCGACCGAGAUCGAUGCCGAGAAUAACCCCUUCCUCACCGCCGGCGUGAAGAUCAUCGACGGCUAUGGCCGAAUGCUUGUCACCGUCGUCGGCACCGACACCUUGUGGGGCGAGAUGAUGGGCAACAUAACCAAGGAGGACGCCGAUGAGCCAACGCCGCUCCGGGAGCGCCUCGAUGGCUUCACCUUAAACAUUGGCAAGAUUCGCGUCGCCGUCGCGGUGCUCGUCUUCACCGUGCUCACCGCGCGCCACUUCACCGGCAGCACCAAGGACGACCAAGGGAAGCCACUGUUCAACAAGGGCCACGUCACCUUCGACGCCGUGUUCAGCUCCCUCGUCAGCAUUUUCCAGCAGCGACCUCGACCCACACGGGCGUGUGGCCUGUUCCGGCGGCAGCUCUCCCGCGCCAUGACGCGGCAGCGCAACGGGCCGUCACCCUUCAACUUCAAGGAGCACACAGAGGAGUACACCUUCACGCAGCUGGCGACGGCGACGAACGGCUUCGCGGCGGAGGCCAAGAUCGGCGCGGGGAGCUUCGGGACGGUGUACCGCGGCAGGCUCCCCGACGGGCGCGAGGUCGCCAUCAAGUGCGGUGAGGCGUCAGGGCCAAUGGCGCGCAAGUUUCAGGAGAAGGAGAGCGCCUCACAAAAUCUGCAUUCCGCGUUCCGGUCAGAGCUGGCCUUCCUCUCCCGGUUCCACCACAAGCACCUCCUCGGCCUGGUGGGCUACUGCGAGGAGAACGACGAGCGGCUGUUAGUGUAUGAGUACAUGAAGAACGGCGCGCUCUACGACCACCUCCACCCCAAGGGCGCCGGCGCCGACGCCGACGCGGCGUCGCCGGUGGCGUCGUCAUGGAAGCUGCGCAUCAAGACCAUGAUGGACGCGUCGCAGGGCAUCGAGUACCUGCACUCGUACGCCGUUCCGCCCAUCAUCCACCGUGACAUCAAGUUGUCCAACAUCCUGCUGGACGGCGGGUGGGUGGCACAUGCGUCGGACUUCGGGCUGUCGCUGAUGGGGCCGCCGGAGACGGAGGAGGCGGGCAGCACGCAGGCGCAGCAGCAGCACCUUUCCAUGAAGGCCGCCGGCACGGUGGGGUACAUGGACCCGGAGUACCACGGCCUGCACCACCUCACCGUGAAGAGCGACGUGUACGGCUUCGGCGUGGUGAUGUUGGAGACGCUGGCGGGGAAGCGCGCCAUCUUCAAGGAGGCCGAGGACGGGAGCCCCUUGAGCGUGGUGGACUACGCGCAGCCGAGCAUCGUCGCCGGGGAGCUCGGCAAGGUGCUGGACGGGCGCGCGCCGGAGCCGUCACCGCACGAGGCCGAGGCCGUCGAGCUGGUGGCCUACACGGGCGUGCACUGCGUGCGGCUCGAGGGCAAGGACCGGCCGGCGAUGGCCGACAUCGUGGCCAACCUGAAGACGGCGUUCACGCUCUGCGAGGGCAACGCGGGCGGCAGCCGCGGCGCCACCACCGGGGGCGGCUUCGGCAACAGCUCGUCCAGCGCCAGCUUCUCCAUGACGUCCAUGGAGCUGUCGGGAAGGCUCGCGGAGUAG